GCCCAAAGCCCAACAAUAAUUUAUUUUAAUCAAAACAAAUUUAACUAAUUGACUAUUUAUUCAUUAAUAAUUCUAGGGUAUGUUUUGGGGCGUUACACCCCGGGCCCAUGAGGCAGCGGGGCACGGGGUACCCUCCCCGGGCAACACUGCCGAGGCCGGGGGCCCAAGUCACUCAGGAGACUAUUGAGAUCAUUGACGAGGAGGAAACCCCUAAAAGCAGGGGGGCGACCCAGACAAGGAAAGUACCGGUGAAUCCUCCCCUCAACAAGGGAAAAGGGAAGACGAGGGCAAAACAGGCGGGCACCACUCAUCCAUCGACCAAGAGGAAAAGGGGGGAAAACGUCCCGGCUGCAGGGUCGCUGGAGAAGCUCUGGGUCAAAAUGGGGCUCAAGCUGAAAGAGAUGGGGGAGGUUGGGCCUGACGCCUUGGAGCAGCUCGCUGGAGACUCUCCUCCCCAGUCACUUCAGCUGGAGGAAAAACUGAAAAGAGCCGAGGCUCACAACCGGGAGCUUCGGGACCUGACAGCCCGACAGCUCGACGAGAUGGCCAACCUCUCAGCGAUUGCCGGGAAGGCGAACGCAGAGAUCCUCCAGCUGAAGGAGGAGAACUCGACGCUGAUGGGGGAGGUCUCCCACAUAAAGGAAGAGGCUGAGUUGAAGGAGAAGGAGUUUCCCGGGAGAGCUCGCUAGUGGAUGGGGGAGAACUUGGAAGAGGCUGCCCAGGUAGGUUAUAGAUGGAAGCACCUGUAACCUAAUAAUUCUUGAUGUAUUCU